UUUUCCUUCGGAGCACUUCUCGCAGGCCCUUCCCGAGGGCUGAUCGCGCCGAGCCCCGCCACCCCGACCUCCAGGUGACAGCCGGUCAGCCUGGUAGGCGUCAGCUCCGCCCCGUCACCCCUCCCGCCCACAGCCCAUUCCCCGCCCAGCCUCCCCGUGCCAGCCCGAGGCGCGCGGCGGCCGCAGCGGCUCUGCGGCGCUGGAGCGGGCGGCGCCCGGCGGGGCCCUCGGCGUCGUGCUCGGACCAGGCAGAGCCGCGGCCGACCAAGGGGGAAGUCCGGCUCCCGGGCGACAGCCCUAGGAAGGAGGACGACGAUUUAAGCCGCCCUCUCCUGCCAGUCCAGCUGCCGGGCGCUCGCUUGGUGCCCGCCGCCGGAGCCGCGACGGUGAAGUGCCGCAAGGGGCAGGGCCCCUGAAGUGCGGAGUUUGGGGUCGCCCCGCGCCCAAACGGGCGCCCCACGCGGCCGUAGGCACAGUUUCAGCGGCACCGACAGUGCCGAAGUUAGGGGCGCGGUGCGCCUAGCCCGUCGCCUCCGCGCCCUAGUGAGGCGCGGGUUAUGGAGCCCCCCAGCUGCCUUCAGGAUGAGCCGUUCCCGCACCCCCUGGAGCCCGAGCCUGGCGUCCCUGCGCAGCCGGACCCCGGGAAGCCGGGCGACAAGCGAUUCCGGCUGUGGUACGUGGGAGGCUCGUGCCUGGACCACAGGACUACGCUCCCCAUGCUGCCCUGGCUCAUGGCCGAGAUCCGCCGGCGCAGCCAGAAGCCCGAGGCGGGCGGCUGCGGGGCGCAGGCGGCCCGCGAGGUGCUCCUGGUGCUCAGCGCGCCCUUCCUGCGGUGCGUUCCCGCGCCGGGCUCGGGGGCCUCGGGGGGCGUGGGCCCCGCGGCCGCGCAGCCCAACCCCGCGGUGUUCAUCUUUGAGCACAAGGCGCAGCACAUCUCGCGCUUCAUCCACAACAGCCACGACCUCACCUACUUUGCCUACCUGAUCAAGGCGCAGCCUGACGACCCCGAGUCGCAGAUGGCCUGCCACGUUUUCCGCGCUACGGACCCCAAUCAGGUUCCUGAUGUUAUCAGCAGCAUAAGACAGUUAUCCAAAGCUGCCAUGAAAGAGGACGCCAGAGCCAGCAAGGACAAUGAGGACGCCUUCUACAACUCGCAGAAGUUCGAGGUCCUGUACUGUGGGAAGGUGACCGUGACCCACAAGAAGGCCCCGUCCAGCCUCAUCGACGACUGCAUUGAAAAGUUCAGCCUGCAUGAGCUGCAGCGCCUGCGGAUCCAGGGCGAGCAGCGCGCCCCUGAGGCCGGCGACGACCCGGGCGUCUUCGAGGCCGAGGGGCCCGGCUCUCCAACAGACCUGCCAGACGACGGGGCCAGCGUCGCCAGCGCCCACCUGGCCUUCCCCACUGCGGCCAGCCAGCCCGGGCUUCCUAGCCCUCGACUUGGCUUCCCUGAGCGGAUUUUGGAAGAUUCUGGCUUUGAUGAACAGCAGGAGUUCCGGUCUCGGUGCAGCAGCGUCACCGGCGUCCUGCAAAGGAGGGUUCACGAGAAUAGCCAAAAGCCACAGCCGCGGCGGAGACAUGCCAGCGCGCCCAGUCACGUCCAGCCGUCAGACUCAGAGAAGAACAGAACGAUGCUGUUCCAGGUUGGGCGGUUUGAGAUUAACCUUAUCAGUCCAGACACCAAAUCAGUUGUUCUUGAAAAGAAUUUCAAAGACAUCUCUUCUUGUUCUCAGGGUAUAAAGCAUGUUGAUCACUUCGGCUUUAUCUGCCGGGAGUCACCAGAGCCUGGGCUGAGCCAGUAUAUCUGUUAUGUGUUCCAGUGUGCCAGUGAAUCUCUGGUGGAUGAGGUAAUGCUGACUCUGAAACAGGCUUUCAGUACAGCUGCUGCCCUGCAGAGCGCCAAGACCCAGAUUAAGCUGUGCGAGGCCUGCCCUAUGCACUCUUUGCAUAAGCUCUGUGAAAGGAUCGAAGGUCUCUAUCCACCAAGAGCUAAGCUGGUAAUACAGAGGCAUCUCUCAUCACUGACCGAUAAUGAGCAAGCUGACAUAUUUGAACGAGUUCAGAAAAUGAAGCCAGUCAGCGACCAGGAGGAAAACGAACUUGUGAUUUUACAUCUGAGGCAGAUGUGCGAAGCCAAGCAGAGGACACACAUCCACAUUGGAGAAGGCCCAUCGACUUUUUCAAAUAGUACAAUCCCAGAAAAUGCAGCCAGCAGUGGAAGGUUCAAACUUGACAUUCUGAAAAAUAAAGCUAAGAGAUCCUUAACCAGCUCCCUGGAAAAUAUCUUCUCAAGGGGAGCUAACAGAAUGAGAGGUCGGAUUGGAAGUACGGACAGUUUUGAACGGUCGAACAGUCUUGCUUCGGAGAAGGAUUAUUCACCAGGAGACUCUCCACCAGGGACACCACCAGCCUCCCCACUGUCCUCAGCUUGGCAGACGUUCCCUGAAGAGGAUUCUGACUCCCCGCAGUUUCGAAGACGGGCUCACACGUUCAGCCACCCACCUUCAAGCACAAAGAGGAAGCUGAAUCUCCACGAAGGGAGGGCUCAUGGUGCUCGCUCCCCUCUUCUGAGGCAGGGCUCCAGCGAGCAGUGCAGCAUUCUUCCAUCAGCGCGGCGCAUGUACAAGGAGAGUAAUUCUUCCUCCAGUCUUCCAAGCCUUCAUACUUCCUUCUCUGCCCCUUCCUUCACUGCCCCCUCUUUCCUGAAAAGCUUUUACCAGAAUUCAGGUAGACUGUCCCCACAGUAUGAAAAUGAAAUCAGACAGGACACUGCUUCAGAAUCAAGCGAUGGAGAGGGGAGAAAAAGGACCUCGUCUACUUGCAGCAAUGAGUCCCUAAAUGCCGGCGGAACCCCUGUCACUCCUCACCGAAUCUCCUGGCGGCAGCGCAUUUUCCUCAGAGUCGCUUCUCCCAUGAACAGAUCUCCUUCAGCAAUGCAGCAACAGGAUGGACUGGACAGGAGUGAGUUGCUUCCACUGUCCCCUCUCGCUCCAACCGUGGAGGAGGAACCACUGGUUAUAUUCAUGUCCGGUGAUGAUGACCCAGGAAAGGCUGAAGAAAGAAAAAAGUCAGAAGAACUAAGGAGUUUGUGGAGAAAAGCUAUACACCAACAAAUCUUGUUACUUCGAAUGGAAAAAGAAAACCAGAAACUUGAAGCAAGCAGAGAUGAACUCCAGUCCAGAAAAGUUAAAUUGGACUAUGAAGAAGUUGGUGUGUGUCAGAAGGAGGUCUUAAUAACCUGGGAUAAGAAGCUGUUAAACUGCAGAGCUAAAAUCAGAUGUGACAUGGAAGAUAUUCAUACUUCCCUUAAAGAAGGUGUUCCCAAAAGUCGACGAGGAGAAAUUUGGCAGUUCCUUGCUUUACAAUAUCGUCUAAGACACAGACUGCCUAAUAAACAACAACCUCCUGACACAUCCUAUAAAGAACUUUUAAAGCAGCUCACGGCUCAGCAGCAUGCAAUUCUCGUGGAUUUAGGAAGGACGUUUCCUACUCACCCUUACUUUUCAGCACAGCUUGGGGCAGGGCAGCUGUCACUCUUUAACCUCUUAAAGGCCUAUUCAUUACUGGACAAAGAAGUGGGUUACUGUCAGGGGAUCAGUUUUGUGGCUGGAGUCCUGCUUCUGCAUAUGAGUGAAGAGCAAGCCUUUGAAAUGCUGAAAUUCCUCAUGUACGACCUCGGCUUCCGCAAGCAGUACAGACCCGACAUGAUGUCACUACAGAUUCAGAUGUACCAGCUGUCCAGGCUCCUCCAUGACUACCACAGAGACCUCUACAGUCACCUUGAAGAGAAUGAAAUCAGCCCCAGUCUUUAUGCUGCCCCCUGGUUUCUCACAUUGUUUGCCUCUCAGUUUCCACUCGGCUUUGUAGCCAGAGUUUUUGAUAUUAUUUUUCUUCAGGGGACUGAAGUUAUAUUUAAGGUUGCACUCAGCCUACUGAACAGCCAAGAGACACUUAUAAUGGAAUGUGAAAGCUUUGAAAAUAUUGUUGAAUUUCUUAAAAGCACACUACCUGAUAUGAAUACAUCUGAAAUGGAAAAAAUUAUCACACAGGUUUUUGAGAUGGAUAUUUCUAAACAGUUGCAUGCCUAUGAGGUCGAAUAUCACGUGCUUCAGGAUGAGCUUCAGGAAUCUUCAUAUGCCUGUGAGGAUAGUGAACCUCUGGAGAAGCUGGAGAGGGCCAAUAGCCAACUGAAAAGACAAAACAUGGAUCUCCUAGAAAAAUUACAGGUAAAAGGCAAUGAUACAUCCAAUGUCGUCAUGUCAGGGGUUCCCAAAUUAUGUCAUCAUGUCGAGUUUGCACAGAACUUGAGAACCCCUGACACCCAUAAAAACUGCGACUGUGACGUGCUGCUGAGAGACCUAAACUGCAACCCCAACAACAAAACCAAGGCAGGAAGCAAGCCUUAGUCGGAGAAGUGCCUCUCUGCAGACCAUGCUCCCGGGAUGCCACGGAAGGGAAGAGCCCGCGCGCUGUCCGCGCAGCUCCGGACGCGGGAGCGACGGAGGCGCCGAGUGUGUGCUGAGCCCGUGGGCGCCAGCAGCCCUCGCUCUCACGGAGGCGGCCAGUCCUGGGCCAUUGUUCGUAUGUAGACUGUUUCGGUUGUUGUUGACAGUGUACAUAUAUAAAAAAUGGACAUAAGGAGUUCAUGCUUUCAGAUAAAAGCAGUAGGUAUAGUUAGAUCAAUUUUUACAAUCAAAACUUCAUGAAAUCCACACCAAAGGGAAGUUAAAAUGAAAUUCCCCUUGGACACAUGUGAUUCAUUUGUAGUGAAACAAAGCUAGAGCAUCUUUGUUGAAAUAUACUUGAAUAAAAUGAAUGUAUUUUUUUCUCCAAAGAACAGCAUGUUUCACUCAAUGGUGGAAGGUGGAAACAUCUGUGUACCUUUAUGUGUAUCUGUCUUAAAAUCUACUGACAUUGUAUAUAUGACGAAAAUUAUUGCCAGUCACUCUCCAGUGGGAUUUUCAGGAAGGUGAGGGUUUUCUUCCCCUGCCUGCUUUGUGCCAACUAGCAUGUUGCAUCUACAUGCAUUUUGAGUCUGCUUAGGUAUUAACUUUAGAUGUGGGUAAAGAGUAAGCAAGACAUCAGGCUGUCUGCCCACCCAGCUAAAGGUGACAGAGAAUGUUGCUAAUUUUCUAGCAAAUUAGACCAGCAUUGUUACUCAAACUAAAAAUAUCAGGCCUCAGAAAUUUAAUUUAGGACCUAAAUUGUCUGGGUCAGCCUUCUACAGUUUUAUUUAAAUUCCUCCUACAAUUGUGGAACGGACCCCCCCCUUUACUUGGUGCCAGUGUCAGUGACAAGAAUUUUCCAUUUUCCCACCAAAAUGUGGGAGCUCUUAAUUUAAUACUCUGUGCCCUCAAUGAAGGAUAAGGAAAUGCAUUUAUGACUGGUUUUCCAAAGAUAAUAAACUGUUGAGAUGCUUUUUUUUUUUGCCAAUCAACAGUAUCUAGUAAUUUCUCAAUCAUCUUCACCUUCUAUGUGAAAAUGUAUGAGAACUGUGAAAUGUUUUCAAUAAACGGUUGAAAUCCAUCAGAAAAGAAGGGGAUGGUGGCACCAAGCCCUUCAAAAACCUGCAGUUCUGCAUUUGGAUUCCUGACUUCUCAGCCUAUGGAGAACUCAUGAGAGGAAAUUCAUGCAUGCUGGGCAUUUGGAAGGGAAGUAAUUCUCAAAGUACACAUGCAAUUCUCCAUUUCAGAGAUGAUGCUACCAUAGUGCCUCUGAAAGUUGAUGCAGCAUUUUUGCCUUUCCAAACUGCUCACCAUCACUGUGUUGGGUAGCACAUAUAUUAUUAUAGAUGGAUUAUCUGGGAUAAUUUUCUUCAAAGGGAGUUUGUUAUCCACAAGCUACAAUGUAUUAUAUGGUAGAGGACUAUUUCAGAAAACUGUGAUGAGCAGAUGAUGAGUACCUGAGACCCCCCACCCCCACCUCCGCCACUGCCCCUACACUGUUUCUCAGUGUAAAUGCAAUGACUCUUUCCUUGCAAAUCAGCGUGCCCUCCAAUCCAGGCAGUUUCUUCAAAGAAAAGAAAAUCUUAUAAGUACAAUUAAUGUAAUUUCUAGAUUCUAGAAGAUGCUGAUUCUAGGUACCCCAUCAGUUGGAGCUGCCAACUGAUUUGUUGCUUGGACUUAGCCCAAAUUUCUCUAUUUGUAUGAGAGGUAUUUUCCUAUAAGGAAUGUAACAAAUAUCAUCUGGUUACUGUCUUAUAAUGAAAUUACCUUAUGUGUGCGAUACGCAGAUGGUAGCCAAGGAAUCUUCAAGUUGGGAAAAGAAACUUUUCCUCUCAGUUGUUCAGUUGAAAGUCAAUUUUAUUCUGGGUGUUGAGAAUCAACAUUAUGAGUUGUAUUAUUAUGUUCAGAGAUUAAAAGUGUCUUGGAUAUGUUACUUCUUUUGAAAGUGAAAAUUCUUUUUCUUUUGUUUUUAAAUGUUGUACCAGUUAUGCUUCAUGCAUUGUGACAUCUUUAUCAGGUUAAUGUAAUGUCUAGUUAAUUUCCAAUAAAUUCAUUGCUGCAGUUUC